GAGUGUCCAAAGUAGCAGUGGAAGUUUGGAGGGGCAGCCAUCUUGGUCCCGGCUCUCCACGUCUCCAACCCCGGGCUCGGCGGCGGCGGCCAGGUCCCUGCUGAAUCACACGCCGCCAUCCGGGAGGCCCAGGGAAGGUGAGCACUGCUUUGUCCUGUUGGCUUGUGUACAGUAGCAUCAGUCAUUUAAACGGCCCCAAGGGUGAUGCGCUCUGAUGUAGAUGGCAGUGAAACAGUUUCCAAUUUUACUCUCGGUUCUGUAUGCUGCACUGUGCUGUGUCCUGCCUUUCCUCCUUGUCAUCUCUUGCUCCUUGCUGAUGACAAUUGAAUCAUUGCCUUAGUGCAGACUUUUGAGUGUCCAUCCUUACUGCUGGAUAAGCAAGUGCAAUGGAUGAGCUUCACAGUCUGGAUCCAAGAAGGCAAGAGUUAUUGGAAGCGAGAUUUACUGGAGUUGCGACUGGGAGCACUGGGAGCACUGGGAGUUGCAGUGUUGGUGCAAAAGCUUCAACAAAUAAUGAAAGUUCUAAUCACAGUUUUGGAAGCUUAGGAUCACUAAGUGACAAAGAAUCAGAGACACCAGAGAAGAAACAAUCUGAGUCAUCCAGGGGAAGAAAGAGGAAAGCAGAAAGUCAGAAUGACAGUAGUCAGGGAAAAAGUAUUGGGGGACGUGGCCACAAGAUUAGCGACUAUUUUGAAUACCAAGGUGGAAAUGGCUCGAGUCCAGUAAGAGGCAUACCUCCUGCAAUCCGUUCUCCGCAAAACUCACACUCACAUUCCACUCCUUCCUCAUCUGUUCGACCGAAUAGUCCUUCUCCUACUGCAUUAGCUUUUGGGGACCACCCUGUUGUACAACCAAAGCAGUUAUCCUUUAAGAUUACUCAGACUGAUCUUACAAUGCUGAAAUUGGCAGCAUUAGAAAGUAAUAAAAAUCAGGACCUGGAAAAGAAGGAAGGUCGGAUAGAUGAUUUGCUCAGGGCCAACUGUGAUCUCAGGCGGCAAAUAGAUGAUCAACAAAAAUUACUUGAAAAAUACAAAGAACGAUUAAAUAAGUGCAUAUCAAUGAGCAAGAAGCUUCUUAUUGAAAAGAGUACACAAGAAAAAUUGUCAAGCAGAGAGAAGAGUAUGCAAGAUCGGUUACGCCUUGGACACUUUACAACAGUUAGACAUGGCGCCUCUUUCACAGAACAGUGGACAGAUGGUUUUGCAUUUCAAAAUCUUGUGAAGCAACAAGAAUGGGUGAAUCAACAAAGGGAAGAUAUUGAACGGCAAAGGAAGCUUUUAGCCAAACGCAAACCUCCAACAGCUAAUAAUUCUCAGGCACCUGCUACCAAUUCUGAACCCAAACAGAGAAAGAACAAAGCAGUCAAUGGAGCAGAAAACGAUCCCUUCGUCAGGCCCAACUUACCACAACUGCUGACUCUGGCAGAAUAUCAUGAACAAGAGGAGAUUUUCAAACUUAGACUAGGACAUCUCAAAAAGGAAGAGGCUGAAAUCCAGGCAGAACUGGAACGUUUGGAAAGAGUCAGGAAUCUUCACAUACGAGAACUGAAGAGAAUAAACAACGAGGACAAUUCACAGUUCAAAGAUCAUCCAACGUUAAAUGAAAGAUAUCUACUACUUCAUCUGCUUGGAAGAGGAGGCUUUAGUGAGGUGUAUAAGGCUUUUGACUUAUAUGAGCAAAGAUAUGCUGCUGUGAAGAUCCACCAGCUUAAUAAAAGCUGGAGAGACGAGAAAAAAGAAAACUACCACAAGCAUGCCUGCAGAGAGUAUCGAAUACACAAAGAACUGGAUCACCCCAGAAUAGUUAAACUCUAUGAUUAUUUCUCCUUGGAUACAGAUACGUUUUGUACUGUGCUGGAGUACUGUGAAGGCAAUGACUUGGACUUCUACCUGAAGCAGCACAAGUUGAUGUCUGAGAAAGAAGCUCGUUCUAUUGUGAUGCAGAUUGUGAAUGCCCUACGGUAUCUCAAUGAAAUCAAACCUCCUAUUAUACAUUACGACCUGAAGCCAGGAAAUAUCCUUCUGGUAGAUGGAACGGCAUGUGGAGAAAUCAAAAUCACCGAUUUUGGUCUGUCCAAGAUUAUGGAUGACGAUAGCUAUGGUGUUGAUGGAAUGGAUCUGACUUCCCAAGGGGCAGGCACUUACUGGUAUUUACCUCCUGAGUGCUUUGUAGUUGGAAAAGAGCCACCAAAGAUUUCCAAUAAGGUUGAUGUGUGGUCUGUUGGAGUCAUCUUCUUUCAGUGUCUCUAUGGGAGAAAACCAUUUGGUCACAAUCAAUCUCAACAAGACAUUCUUCAGGAAAACACAAUACUAAAAGCCACAGAAGUCCAGUUCCCUGUAAAGCCAGUUGUAAGCAGUGAAGCCAAGGCCUUCAUUAGACGCUGUUUGGCUUACCGAAAAGAAGAUCGAUUUGAUGUGCACCAGUUGGCAAAUGACCCAUACCUUCUGCCACACAUGAGAAGAUCGAAUUCUUCAGGAAACCUACACAUGUCUGGUCUGACAGCGACUCCCACACCUCCUUCUUCAAGCAUAAUUACUUACUGACUGUCCCCAAGACUGGCAUGGUCUCUUUGAUUGGCUUCCAGAUGCAUACUUGAAUUUGAGUGCAUUUGAGUGGUUUUAUGUUUUUUACACAGGACAUGGUCAAGAAGUGUUUGUGAACUAAAGCUCCCUCUGGAGUCACUUGUGUGAGAGUGGAUUCUGAACAGUGACUGAGUGUGCACUCCUCACGCUCCUGGAGCAGCGCGAAACAGGAACCCCGUGUUACAAUAGAAAGAGGACACUGUACAUAACGUUUAUAAUACUUAAAUAUAUUUGAUUGUUACCAGAGAGUUCUAAUAUGAAGGGUAGUUUUCAUUAUUUAAGAACACAUGGAAAAAUUAUGAGACAUUUGUAAGAUGGGAGCUACAGUGCCUGGUACAGCAUCAGCACUUGGCAGCUGAUCUGCAGAAACCAAAGCAAGAACUGAGUGACAGCGGCUGGUGUGUUUUGUAACAGAAUGUGACAGUUAAGGUCUGUGGACAGUUGUAGACUUCGUCGUUUGCCUAUCCUGGCAUUUACCAAGUUGUACCUUGAAUCACAAGUCUGCGCUCCGCCGCGCCCCCACCCCUCCUUAGCUGGUUGUGUUAAAGGGAGAGCUGUCACUUCUGGACACUUGACACCUUUAACAUGAGGAGCUGUCUAUUUCACAUCAGCUGAAGUCACUAAAUUACAGCAUUUCCAGGGCUUUCAGUGCUUUAGAACUAACAGGCAUUUUUCUUUUGUUUCCAGGCCUCAUUCAUUAAAGUAGGAGACAGUGUGUAACCAAAAGCAGGCCAGUUCUAUGCAGGAUAAUGAUAAAUUCCCUUCUGGCUCUAUUGUAAAUUACUGUACAGAUGUCGUACUACAAUUACUGAAUUUCAGCAGCUUAUUCUUGUACAAAUGUUUAAAAAUACGGCUUUUCUAAUUGGAUAUUGUAUUUUUUUUAGUCUUCUUGAAGGCGCUUUAAUUGCUGCUAAAUGAUAAUGCUUUUUUGCUAAAAAAA